AUGAAAUUAAUUUAUAUUUUCUAUAUUUUUUUAUUUUUAUUAACUUUUUCACACUGGUCAUUUGCUAGCAAUAAAAAAAGGUCAUCUAAGAAAAAUAGCAAAAAUAAUACAAACAAUGUAUCGACAACAGACGAUGGAUCACAAUUAUAUCAUUUAGAAUUGACUCAUCGAAAUGUUAGCACUAAAAAAUGCUAUGCUUCUGCAUUACAUAAACACAGACUUAGAUCUAAAGGUUUAUUGAAGAGGGGCUUAACACUUCAAGAAUUGGGUGCCAUUAACUACUCAAAUGAUGUAGAAUGGAUAUGUCAAAUAUCUUUAGGCACUCCACUACAAUCAUUUCUUGUGGCUAUAGAUACUGCAAGUGCUGACCUUUGGGUUCCUUGCGUAGAUUGCAAUAACUGUAAUCAUAAAAGGUUGUAUGAUUACAGUCAAAGUUCUACCAUUCAAUACAAUGAUGAUGAUUUUUCCAUUACUUAUGUUGACGGUUCAAGUUCUAAUGGUUGGAUGGAAGUGGAUAAUCUUCAAGUUGGAUAUAUGUCUAUUACGUCUCAACUAUUUGCCAUAAUAUAUUCUAUAAGUGCAGCAUUUCAAAGUGAUGUUAUUGAUGGCAUUCUUGGACUUGGAUAUGAUUCACUUGCAGUAUAUCCAGGCACUCAAACUCCUCUUACAAAUAUGUAUAAUCAAGGUCUAAUUUCUAAACGAAUCUUUUCAGUACAAUUGCGUCCUGCACGCAACAAAACUGCUUAUGGUGGUAUAUUCGUCUUUGGUGGUAUAGAUUCUACUUUAUACAAAGGUUCUAUAACAUAUACACCUGUAACUUUAAAAUCUUUUUGGAAAAUUGGAAUUGACGCAGUAGAAUAUGGUGGAAAGGCUAUUGCUACAUAUUCAAGAACAAAACAGCAGGCUAUAGUAGAUACCGCAACUGCAUUGCUUAUUAUGGGAAAAAGUGUAGUAACUACUUUGCACACAAAUAUGAAAGGAAAAUAUGAUUCCAUUUCAAAAACAUGGCAAGUUCCUUGUAAUUUGAAUAGUAAUGUAAUAGUAUCAAUUAAGAUUAAUGGUGUUUCAUUUGCGAUUAACUAUCUUGAUCUUGUGAGAGAAAAA